AUGUCUGAACUAUCUGAUAAUGAUAUAGAAACAGAAGUAGUGUCACGGAAUCUAUGUGGUAUCGUUGAUAUUGGAUCCAAUGGUAUUAGGUUUAGUAUCUCCUCCAAGGCGUACCACCAUGCAAGAAUUAUGCCAUGCGUAUUCAAGGAUAGAGUUGGUGUAUCAUUGAAUGAUAUUCAAUUCUCUAAGAACUUGGCUGAAAGGGAACCCAUUCCGGAUGAUAUUAUUACAGAAAUAUGCUCAGCUAUGAGGAGAUUCAAAUUGAUAUGUGAGGAUUUCGGCCUUCCCGAUAACAGUAUUAGAGUCAUCGCUACACAGGCAACAAGAGAUGCUAUAAAUUCAAAACAAUUUGUUGAUUCAAUAUACCAAAGUACGGGAUGGGAAGUCGAAAUUUUAUCCAAGAUUGAGGAAGGUAAACUUGGGGUUUAUGGUGUUGUGUCUUCAUUUAAUACCAUAAGUGGGUUGUAUUUAGAUCUAGGAUGCGGGCACAUGCAACUAUCAUGGAUAAAAUGUGAGAAUGGUGAGAUUAUACAGUCUUCUCAACCUAUAUCGUUACCUUACGGUUCCAGCAGAUUGACAGGAAGAUUGGGGAAUGAAAAUACAAAAGAUUUAUUUUUCGAAAUAAAAAAUAGCCUAAAAAGUAUAAUAGCUGAUCUUAAUAUACCACAAGAUUUGAUUGAAGAGGCCCGAUCACGAGGUGGGUUUGAUUUGUGGACACGAGGCGGUGGAUUGAGAGGAUUAGCACAUUUGCUACUCUCGCAAUACCAAGAGUAUCCUAUACAAACUAUUAUUAACGGUUUAGCUUACUCGUACGAUGAAUUUUCAAAUAUGUGUGAUUACUUGUUUCUUAAGAACAAAAUACCUGGUACUAAAACUGGCAAAAUAUUUAAAUUAUCAGAAAAAAGGGCAGUGCAACUUCCCGCAGUUGGUUUAUUAAUGUCUGCUUUAUUUGAUGCUCUCCCAAAAAUUAAAACCAUUCAUUUCAGUGAAGGUGGGGUAAGGGAAGGUACAAUGUAUUCUUUACUGCCAAAUGAAUUGAGAGCUCAGGAUCCGUUAGUUGUUGCUUCAAGACCAUAUGCUCCGUUACUUGCUGAGAAGUAUCUCAGAUUAUUACAGACAUCUUUUCCUGGGAAGGAUGUACCAAGUAUAAUAAAUAAAAGAAUUGCACCUGCUUUGUGUAAUCUCGCAUUCGUUCAUGCAUCUUAUCCAAAGGAGUUACAACCAACGGCAGCGUUACAUGUUGCCACCAGAGGUAUUAUAUCAGGUUGUCACGGGCUAUCUCAUAGAACACGAGCAUUGAUUGGGAUAGCUCUAUGUAAUAGGUGGGGUGGUAAUAUUCCGGAAACUGAGGAAAAAUAUCUACAAGCUCUUGAAAAUGUAGUUCUUCGUGAAGGUUCUAAGUUGGAAGCAAAAAGAAUAGUCUGGUGGACUAAAUAUGUUGGAACAAUAAUGUACGUUAUAUGUGGUGUUCAUCCAGGUGGUAAUAUUAGAGAUGGUGUAUUUGACUUCCGAGUCGUUGACGAAAAACAAGACGCAAUACAUCUGGAGGAACUAAAGAUAGAUGAUUGCACAGGUCAAGUAGUCAAUAAUGAAUCUGAGACAAAGUUCAGGGAGUUUGAUGUUGUCGUUAGGAUUAGUAAAGAUGAUCUUAAGACCAGUGCAAGUGUACGUUCCCGUAUAAUUACCAUGCAAAAAAAAAUAAGAAAAUUAUCUACAAGAAGUGUGGAAAGGGUGAGGAUUGGUGUUAAAUUCUAUGAAUGA